AAAAGAAAUUACAAAAGAAAAAAAGAAAAAGAGAAGGAAAUGAGAUAGGAGAGUGGUAGUAUCGUGAGUGACAGUGGUAAGUGGCGCAGAAUAUCACGUUGAGUCUGGGCAAAGAGUGAAGAAAACAAGAAGAAUGGAAUUACUUCCCGCCGCUGUACCUCCGAUCUCGAAGAAACAAGGGUUCAGAUCGCUUAAGCUUGUCAACGCCGACAUGGAGCAGCUUCUCUCCGACCAACCCGUUGGCGUCGACUACGGCACCCUCGACAAUGGCCUUCGCUACUACGUUCGUUGCAAUUCCAAGCCUCGCAUGAGAGCCGCUCUCGCUCUCGCCGUCAGGGCUGGAUCAAUUCUCGAAGAGGAGGAUGAACGCGGAGUUGCUCACAUUGUUGAACACCUCGCGUUCAGUGCCACCAAGAAAUACACCAAUCACGACAUCGUCAAAUUUCUCGAGAGUAUUGGAGCCGAAUUCGGAGCCUGUCAGAACGCCGUGACCUCUGCGGACGACACGGUUUACGAGCUAUUGGUUCCGGUCGACAAGCCGGAACUGUUGUCUCAGGCCAUUUCGGUCUUGGCGGAGUUCAGUUCAGAGAUUCGAGUUUCGAAGGAUGACUUGGCGAAAGAGAGAGGAGCUGUCAUGGAAGAGUACAGAGGAAGCAGAAAUGCCACGGGGCGGCUGCAGGAUGCUCAUUGGAUGUUGAUGAUGGAAGGUUCAAAGUAUGCUGAACGUUUGCCAAUUGGCCUAGAGAAAGUGAUUCGGACGGUUUCUUCAGAGACUGUGAAGCAUUUUUACAAGAAGUGGUACCAUUUAUGCAAUAUGGCAGUGAUCGCAGUUGGAGAUUUUUCUGAUACGCAGGAUGUAGUUGAGUUAAUAAAGACUCAUUUUGGCCAGAAAAUUCCAGAUCCUGAUCCUCCACUUAUACCAACAUUCCAGGUUCCAUCACAUGAUGAGCCACGAUUUUCGUGUUUUAUUGAAUCCGAAGCUGCUGGGUCUGCAGUGAUGAUUAGCUAUAAGACGCCAGUGGAUGAGCUUAAGACAGUGAAAGACUACCGUAAUUUACUUGCAGAAUCCAUGUUCCUCUAUGCUUUAAACCAGAGGUUCUUUAAAAUAGCUCGUAGAAAUGAUCCACCUUAUUUCUCCUGUUCUGCUGCUGCUGAUGUUUUAGUCCGCCCAUUAAAGGCCAAUAUAAUGACUUCCUCUUGUAAAAGAAAAGGAACCAUUGAAGCCCUGGAAUCCAUGUUAAUAGAGGUUGCGAGGGUAAGACUUCAUGGCUUUUCAGAUCGUGAAAUAUCUGUAGUCCGUGCACUACUGAUGUCAGAGAUUGAAUCUGCGUAUUUGGAGCGAGAUCAAAUUCAAUCUACCAGCUUGAGAGAUGAAUAUUUACAACAUUUUCUCCACGCUGAACCUGUUGUUGGGAUUGAGUAUGAGGCUCAACUCCAAAAGACUCUUCUACCACAUAUAUCAACAUCAGAAAUCUCUAAGUGUUCUGAGAAAUUAAGGACAUCAUGUAGCUGUGUCAUAAAGACUAUUGAGCCCCAGCCAUUUGCUGUGCUUGAUGAUCUGAAAAAUGUUGUUAAGAAAGUUAAUCUUAUGGAGGAAGAAGGGAGAAUCUCUUAUUGGGAUGAUGAACAUGUUCCAGAAGAAAUUGUCACUACAAAGCCAAAUAUGGGGCAUGUUGUGCAGGAAUUGGAAUAUUCAAAUAUUGGAGCUACUGAACUGGUACUGUCAAAUGGCAUGCGGAUCUGUUACAAGCGUACAGACUUUCUUGAUGACCAGGUUAUCUUCACUGGGUAUUCAUAUGGGGGUUUAUCUGAACUCCCAGAGAGUGAGUACUUCUCUUGUUCGAUGGGACCAACUAUUGCUGGGGAAAUUGGUGUUUUUGGUUAUAGACCAUCUGUCCUAAUGGAUAUGCUUGCUGGCAAGAGAGCUGAAGUUGGUACCAAGAUUGGUGCAUAUAUGAGAACUUUUUAUGGUGAUUGUUCACCUUCAGACCUAGAAACUGCUUUGCAGCUGGUCUAUCAGCUGUUUACAACAAAUUUAACACCAGGUGAAGAAGAUGUCAAAAUAGUUAUGCAGAUGGCUGAAGAAGCAGUAUCUGCUCAAGAUAGGGAUCCAUAUACUGCUUUUACAAACCGUGUAAAAGAGCUUAACUAUGGCAACUCUUACUUUUUCCGGCCUAUUAGAAAAAGUGACCUACAGAAGGUUGAUCCACGGAAAGCUUGUGAAUUCUUCAGUACAUGUUUCAAAGAUCCAUCAACUUUUACUGUUGUGAUUGUUGGAAAUAUUGAUCCUGCUAUUGCAAUGCCCUUGAUAUUGCAGUACCUAGGUGGGAUACCAAAACCUCCUGAACCUAUUAUGCAUUUUAACCGUGAUGAACUGAAAGGAUUGCCUUUCAAUUUUCCAACAGAAAUCCAUAGAGAAGUGGUUCGGAGUCCCAUGGUAGAAGCACAGUGUUUGGUGCAGAUAUGUUUUCCUGUAGAGCUGAGGAAUGGGACCAUGGUGGAGGAGAUUCAUUUUGUUGGGUUCUUGAGCAAGCUUCUUGAAACAAAAAUAAUGCAGGUUCUCCGUUUCAAGCAUGGCCAGAUAUACUCUGUAGGUGUUUCAGUAUUUCUUGGUGGUAAUAAACCCUCAAGAAUAGGUGAUGUUCGUGGAGACGUAAGCAUAAAUUUUUCUUGUGAUCCAGACAUAUCUUCCAAGCUGGCAAAUAUUGCUUUGGAUGAAAUGUUACGUCUUCAAGAGGAAGGGCCUUCAGGACAGGACGUUUCAACCAUACUUGAAAUUGAGCAACGAGCUCAUGAGAAUGGACUGCAGGAAAAUUAUUACUGGCUGGAUAGGAUUUUGCAUAGCUAUCAAUCAAGAGUCUAUGCGGGUGAUGUUGGCAUUUCUUUUGAGGUUCAAGAUGAAGGGCGAUCAAAAGUUAGAUCAUCCCUUACACCAUCAACUGCACAAUUGGCACUUAAAAGAAUAUUACCUUUUCCUUGCAAAAACAAGUAUACUGUUGUGAUCCUAAUGCCCAAGUCUUCUCCCUUUAAAUUACUGAAAUCAGUAUUCCAAUCUGCUCGAACUAACUAUGGCAAAGAAGCGAAGAUUUUGGCAGGAGUUGCUAGUCUUGCAGUUUUAGCAUUCAGUUUGUGGAGACAAGGGCGAAGUAAUAGCAGAUUGCUUAGCAGAGCCGUGAAUUAGAAAUUUUCCAACUCCCGUAAUUCGUUUUUUGACUUAAGGCACAAAACGUACAUAACAUUGUGAGAAUAGGUUAUGUAAAUUGUUGGUUAGUGAUGACUUAGGUGGCAAAUUAGGUGUUUACGUAGCCCCAAUGAAGGUUUGAAAUGAAACAUAUAUCUACAUUGAUUUGUGCUGCAGAGAAGGGUAUCGAGCAGCUUUAUAACAAAAGAAUGGGAACUUGAUGGUGAGGUGAUGCGAAAAUUUUUCCAUGUUGGUUAUUUUUCUAAUCUCUCCGAAAGUACUAGUUUUGGCCGUCUGACAGUUCCAGGACAAGUCUGCAGAAUAAUUAAAGGGUUGCAUUGCAGCUGCACCUGUAUGCCUUUUAAUAUUAUUUUUCACCUUUUUUUAUAACUUUUUUAACUGUGGGGGAAAUAGCAGAAAUAUAUUCUUGUUCUUUUUUA